AUGCCAGCCUUUUGGUCUCGUCAAAGCAUGGAACAUCGUGAUGAAACCCCCAUGGAGUCUUUAUACAAAGCGUGUCUAGCUGGAUUGGAUACAGUUCUUCAUGAAAUGGUGGUGGAUAUCACAAGCGACAAAUCGUAUCACGGCACAAGUCUGCUUGGCUCAAUUCAGCAUAGCGUCUCCAGCCUCGUUCGCAACACCAGCACGAUUACAUCUACAGCACAUGAGUUAUUCGAACAAGUGGAACGAUUGCUUUUAAGUGAUUUGUGGAUGCUUACAACAGCGCAUGUCCCUUUUGCACGUGUAUUGGUGGCCGUUUUACGAUCGCUUGAAUUGGAUAACGACUAUUCAACUAUGCAUCUCUCUUGGGAUGAGGCUCAUGCGAAGAUUACAUACGCUCUUGAGAACAUUCCUUCUUCACUUGCCGAUACACCAUCCAUCAGAGCUCUACGACGCCAUUGUAAUAACGAGGAGGAGGAUGAAAAGCCGCCUGCUUACAAUGAUUUGGAUACGCACCACCAUCAUCAACAACCACUUGAAGAGAAACCUCCACAAUACGAUGAGCUUGACCGUAUCAUGGCAACAGUUUUUCGACUUUCCACAGGCUAUAGCAACCAACGUGUAGAAAUGUUACACCCUUUGCCACAAAAGCGAUCCCUCACCGACUUGCUGGCCAAGUCCCUUCAUCGGCCCAGUUACAAUCGUCAACGUUUUCAAUUAUCCAGUGAUAAGGAACGCGACUUGUUCAUGAAUGGACUUUUACACAAGGUGGAUCGAUUGGAAGGUCGUCGGCUGAGUAAUCAAGAUGCUGAUCCACCACGUGACGAAUUGGAAGAUUUGUUGCAUCAUAUUUGUCGUGCCAAGCGUACUCGAUUGGAUAAUCAACGUGCAGCAUUCACCACCACCACCACCACUACUACCUUGUUACGUUCAUGA